CCCCCUCUCCUUACUCGCUCAGAUUUAGGGUUCAAAAUCCCAAACCCUACCCUUCACGUUUUCUCUCUUUUCUUCCCUAUUUUUCUGCAAUAAUUUCAUUUCUUUCUUUGCAUCAGCGCGUGGGGAUUCUCUAAGAGGCGCGUGAGAAUCACGACCCCUCCGAUUCAUGGUUUCGUCCUCGCCGGCAUUGAGAAGUUGGAAUUCCGUGCGUCCAUGGCGUCCGCCGUCUUAGCCAGAACCACCACCAACGGAGCAGGAGCUAGAGCAGGAGGAUUCAUGGGCAAAGUCCCUUUCUCAAACCCUAACCCUAACCCUAAUUUUACCACCAAAAAACGACAUCAAAAACAACAACGCGAUGCACAUAACGCCGGCGAAUUCGUCGUUGAUGAAUCCCCGGCCGUGACCCAAUCGGCCGCGUCCGACGACGCGUCGUCGAUCAACCACCGAAGACCCAGCACCACCACCAGCGAAUUCAACCAGCGCCAAUACUUGAGCUUCAACGUCGCGUCGUAUUCGAAGAAACAGCUGGUCGAGCUCAAGGCCCGCUUCGCCGCCGAGCUCGACCAGAUUCGUCAUCUCAGACACCGCCUCGAAUCCCACGCGACAGCCAAUAACAACCACGCGCCACCGCAUUCCAAGAAAUCUAAGAAAAUAUCGGGCAAGAAGCGGCCCUUGCCCGAGAACCCGAAGAAUCUGACUCAUACGAACCCGAAUUCGAACUCCAACAUGAACAUGAACUCGGCGUCGAUGAAGGCGUGCAAGGAGAUACUGACGAAGCUUCGGAAGCACAAGAACGGGUGGUUUAACGAGCCGGUGGACGUGGUGGGCAUGGGGCUUCACGACUACUACGACAUAGUCAAACAGCCCAUGGAUUUGGGUACCGUCAAAUCCAGGCUCGCUAGGAAUCUCUACCAAUCUACGUCUGAUUUCGCCGCCGAUGUCAGGCUCACCUUCACCAACGCCUUGAAAUACAACCCUAAGGGCCAUCUCGUCUACGCCAUGGCCGAGCAGCUCCUCGCCCGAUUCGAGGACCUCUUCCGCCCCCUUGGCGAAAGGAUCGAGCGCCCAGAAGAAGAAAAGAGGAUUUUUGAUGCGGCGGCGGAGGAAGAUUUGCAGGCCAGCGAUAACGACAAUUCAAUGCGAAUUGUUUCCGAGAAAUCGGAGCGGGUGGUGGAAGAUAGGGUUUCUGAUCAUUCGGAUCAGUUUCGUGGGGUUCAAGGGCCCUCGUCGAAUCCGGUUAGGGCGCAUUCGCCAGUGAAGUCAGCGCCGGUGAAGACCACGAAGCUUCCGAAGCCGAAGGCAAAGGACCCGAACAAGAGGGAGAUGAGCCUAGAGGAGAAGCACAAGCUGGGGAUUGGGCUGCAGAGCUUGCCUCCGGAGAAGAUGGAGCAGGUGGUGCAGAUCAUAAGAAAGAGGAACGGGCAUUUGAAGCAGGACGGGGAUGAGAUCGAGCUCGAUAUAGAGGCCGUUGACACCGAGACCCUUUGGGAGCUCGACCGCCUCGUCACCAAUUGGAAGAAGAUGGUCAGCAAGAUCAAGCGCCAAGCUCUCAUGGGCAACAACAUCACCAGAAACAAUGGGGAGUUGCCUAUGGUUGAAGCUGUGGCGAGCGAGGCAAAGAAGCCGAAGAAAGGGGAGGCAGGGGAGGAGGAUGUGGACAUUGGGGACGAGAUGCCGAUGAGCAAUUUUCCGCCGGUGGAGAUCGAGAAAGAUGUUGGGGGUCAUGGGAGUAGUAGUUCCAGCAGCUCAAGCAGUUCAGACAGUGAUUCCUCCUCAUCAAGUGAUUCGGAUUCAGGGAGUUCUUCCGGGAGUGAAUCGGAUGCCGAUAAUGCGCAGUCUUGAGGAGGCAUGUUCUUGAGUUGAUGAAGAAGGGCUUUUCCAAGAGAGCACAGCACCCCAAGUGUAGAGCUGGCAUUAGAAAUGCCUUUCCAUGAUGUGGUAUAACUUUGAGCUUAAAUUGCCUCCAUUUCCAAUUUCCUUGAGAGUUUGUGUUUGUACUGAAUUCAUGAAAACUCUUUUGGUACAGGGGAUGUUUGUGUGGACUUUGUGAGUGUUUCUCCCCCUUUUGGAGGAAUUUGAUGAAAUUGGAAGUGGGCAUUUUGGCUGUUGUAGCUGGGGAGAGAAAAUGUAGGUCAGAUUGUAGAGAAAUGUAGAGUUAAAAAGGAAAGAGUAGAAGAGUUUAGAGGGAUUCACAGAUACUCAUUGUACAUACAUUAACCGCAUUAUUUAUACAAUGAUUUUUCAGAAGCA